GAGGACUUAACCCUCUGGCUGCAUUCUUUCAUCUUGCCAUCUCUGCGCCUACCUUCCUCCCUGCGCCUCCCGGACGCUUAUGCCGCAAAGUGGUGAAGCCCUUGGAACUGCCACAAAGCCGUAGGCUGCCGACAUAUUUAUAGAUAUAUGAAGCAGCUGGACCAUUUCGACUCAACUUGUUUUGGACACCAAGUUCGUACUGUUUCUCUAAACCCACAUACAGCAAGUCAACGACCCACGACUAUCGAAUUCACUAGAAUACCUCAUCCCUUCAACCUCGAAUCAUGUCCGCGCCUGCUCCUGCUACUCCUUCUCGUCGAGCACGACCACGACCUGUGCGACUGGGUGUGUCGCCAAUAAAUCUCAAUGGCCUGCCACCACAUCAAGAACUCGAGUCUCCUUCAGGCGCUCUUGUUCCACAGCUAGCUGAGCUUUCCCUCCCACAAGAAACAAAGCUAGAUCUGAAGAAUGAAGAUAUUGACAUCUUGAGCGAGCUGGGUGCAGGCAACGGAGGUACUGUUCACAAAGUCAAACAUGUGCCAACUGGUACUAUCAUGGCCAGAAAGGUCAUUCACGUUGAAGCCAAGAACAGUGUUCGGCGGCAGAUUGUACGGGAACUUCAAAUUAUGCACAAGUGCAAUUCUCCAUACAUCGUAUCAUUUUACGGCGCUUUCCUAAAUGAAGGAGACAUUUCGAUUUGCAUGGAAUAUAUGAACUUGGGAUCCUUGGACAACAUCUAUAAGAAGAUUGGUCCGAUUCCAGAGGAUGUCGUCGGAAAAGUGACACAUGCAGUACUAGCAGGUUUGGUAUAUUUAUACAUGCAACAUCGCAUAAUUCACAGAGAUGUCAAGCCCAGUAAUAUCUUGCUGGACUCAGCCGGUCACAUCAAGAUUGCUGAUUUCGGCGUCAGUGGGCAGCUGAUCAAUUCAGUGGCAAACACGUUUGUUGGAACCAGCGCGUAUAUGUCGCCAGAACGUAUACAAGGGGGGAAAUAUUCGGUGCAAUCGGACGUUUGGAGUUUGGGGAUAACAUUAAUGGAGUUGGCCCUAGGGAAGUUCCCGUUCCCACCCGAGGGAAAACCCCUUUCGGUGUUUGAAUUACUCGAAUAUAUUGUAAAUGAGCCUGUACCAACGCUACCCGCCGGACAAUUUUCUGAAGAACUCGAAGGAUUCAUUGGACGAUGCCUAAUCAAGGAUCCCGCAGCACGCCCAACCCCUUCAGAACUUCUGAAAGAUCCAUAUUGCCGACAAGCGGCAGAAAAGCCAGUGGAUGUGAAGGAGUGGGCAAAGAUUUUGCAGGAUGUAAACAAGGGGUGAUGAUUGUACAUGUGACACAAAUAUCACGAUAUUUUAUGGGAA